CCGCCGCCAUGGACUACGGGGAAGACAUGGACCGUGAUUAUGGGCAUGGAGGCUAUGGUGGCCCACGAUCCAUGGACUCUUACCUUAACCAAUCCUAUGGGAUGGAGAGUCAUGGAGGUGGAGGCGGAGGAGGUGGUGGUGGUGGUAACAGGUUUGGACCUUAUGAGUCUUACGACUCCGGGUCUUCUCUGGGUGGGCGAGAUCUGUACAGAUCUGGCUAUGGUUAUAAUGAACCCGAACAAAGCCGCUUCGGAGGUAGUUAUGGUGGUCGAUUUGACAACUCCUACCGGAAUAGCCUUGACUCUUUCGGAGGUAGAAACCAGGGCGGGUCUAGCUGGGAAGCACCUUACUCCCGUUCAAAAUUGAGGCCUGGGUUUAUGGAGGACAGAGGAAGAGAGAGUUACUCUUCCUACAGCAGUUUUUCUUCACCCCAUAUGAAGCCUGCACCUGUAGGCUCUCGGGGGAGAGGAACGCCUGCUUAUCCUGAAAGUGGAUUUGGAAGCAGAAACUAUGAUGCUUUUGGAGGACCAUCAACAGGCAGAGGCCGAGGCCGAGGACAUAUGGGAGACUUUGGAGGAAUGCACAGACCUGGAAUUGUUGUUGACUAUCAUAACAAACCCAGUCCUGCAGCAGUUGCUGCAAGAGGAAUAAAAAGAAAAAUGAUACCACAGCCAUAUAACAAACCUGGUGGGACAUUUAUCAAGAAACCCAAAAUGACAAAACCUAUUUUGAAGCUGAGCCAGAAAAAAUCACCUAGUAAAACACAAGUUAAAAGUGAGGAAGAAGAAAAGCGGCGAAUUGAGGCCAGAAGAGAGAAGCAAAGGCGUAGAAGGGAAAAAAACAGUGAAAAAUACGGUGAUGGAUACAGAAUGGCGUUUACUUGCUCAUUUUGCAAAUUUCGAACAUUUGAAGAAAAAGAAAUUGAGUCACAUCUGGAGAGUGCAGCUCACCAGGAAACAUUGGAUCAUAUCCAGAAGCAAACCAAAUUUGACAAAGUAGUGAUGGAAUUUCUUCAUGAGUGUAUGGUGAAUAAAUUCAAGAAGACAGCUAUGCGUAAGCAACAGACAAGUAACCAAACAGAAAAUGCUCAAGCUGCUGAAAAAGAUAUAAUGGAAGGGGUUACUGCUGAUGACCAUAUGAUGAAAGUUGAGACUGUUCACUGCAGUGCUUGCAGUGUGUAUGUUCCCGCAUUGCACAGUUCUGUUCAGCAGCACUUAAAAUCUCCAGAUCACACAAAAGGAAAACAAGCCUACAGAGAACAAAUAAAAAGGGAGAGUGUUCUUACUGCCACCAGUAUCUUGAAUAAUCCUAUAGUCAAGGCACGAUACGAGCUGUAUGUGAAGGGUGAAAAUCCUUUUGAAAUUAAUGAUCAGGCUCAGGAGCAACAGACAGAAGAAGAAGACAAAGCUGAUGAGCCAGUUGAGGGUGAGGAAGAAGAGGAGGAAGAGGAAGAAGAAACUGAAGAACAAACUGACUUCACUUUAGACCAUACUGAAGAUAACUAAACUAAGUGCAGGAAAAUAAAAAUAAAUAGGGGGGGGCAAACCAGCUUUUUAUUUCUGCUCUAAAGUGGCUAAGACUUUUUAAUAGUCUCAAAUGAAGUUGUUGAAGAUUUCCCACCGUAUGCAUGCAUUCCAUUCCAUGGAGAACUUGUUUAUAUAAUUCCUCUGUGUUUCUGAUUUUGUUUAAAAUGAAAUUAAGACUAUUUUAGUUGAGCUUUUUAUAGCAAACUGACUGUUAAAGCUGAUUAAAACAUUGUGUUGUAUAUUUUUUUAAGCAUCCUAUUUUUUUGAUGUGUGUAUUGAAAGUUGGAUAUAAUAAUAAUGUUUUGGUCUAAUCAGUUGAAAAGAAAGGCGGGUCUGUGGGGUAAAUAUAUUAAAUGCUAUAUGGCAUAAGCUUAUCAUAUUUACCUCUUAAUACAGAAUGAGUAACUUCAAAAAUUGUGCUGUUGAGUGUGGCUGUUUUGAGGACUGCAUUGCACUCUGUAUAAUAGAGUAUGUGUUAUAAUAUGCCUUGUAGCUUUUUGUGAUAAGAUGUACCAGUUUGUAGCAAUAAAACACUUA